GCCCCGCCCCUCCCCGCCCCGGGAAACCGAGCGCGAGCCGUGACGUCCGCUGAUCCUGGACCCUGACCUUGGCUCUUUGCCUCUCUGCUCCUGCGGCCUCAUCCUCCGGCGCAGCCUUCGGGAGACUCGCUCUGGUUCGCCGGGUCGUGGGUGAAGGCCUGGUGUGCUUACCUGUCUGGACAAAGUUACAGAAGAAUGCAGAAGGACAGUGGCCCGCUAAUGCCUUUACAUUAUUUCGGUUUCGGCUAUGCAGCCCUGGUUGCUACUGGUGGGAUCAUUGGCUAUGCAAAAGCAGGUAGUGUCCCGUCUCUGGCUGCUGGACUCUUCUUUGGGAGCUUAGCAGGCCUGGGUGCUUACCAGAUGUCUCAGGAUCCCAGGAACGCAUGGGUUUUCCUAGCCACGUCUGGGACUUUGGCUGGCAUUAUGGGAAUGAGAUUCUACAACUCCGGAAAAUUUAUGCCUGCGGGUUUAAUUGCUGGUGCCAGUUUGCUGAUGGUUGCCAAAGUUGGAAUAAGUUUGUUGAGUUCACCACAUCCGUAGUAGCCACAUCCCAGCUUGGGCUCAUGAAGAAUUAAACAUCUCCAAACUUCCACAGUUUUCAGUGUAUGAAGAGAAGUACAGCACAUUUGCAGAUUCUGAGAUUUUACAAAAAAUAACACUGAACCGUGGUAAGGUGAACAUGAGCCGACACUGCUCGAACCCUUCAGAGGUAGCUAUAAAGUCUCGGGGUGAAGUGUGAAAUGUCAACAUUGGAGACCCCAAAGCUUCACGUCCUGUUCAGAACAGUGAACAGAUCUCUUGGUGAGAGAGCAUGAGGGAUCUUUUGCUCACCCUAGAGUAUAGGCCUGUUGGGAAAUCAUGUUAAAGUGACAUAUCGGUGGAAAUAAAGUUGAUUAUAAAUAACA